GAGGCUCUGCUGAUCAUGAGUGAGAAUCAUUAUGGAGAAAGAUGGAUGAGAGUGGAGGGAUGGCUGAGGGGCGGGGUUGCAGCAUGACUUGAAAAUGCUGCAGCAUCCGACCGUCUCUCCUCCUCCUCCUCCUCUCUCCAUCUCGUGCGUACUGGUUGUGUCCUCCCCCCUCUUUCUCUCAGUCUGCGUGCUGUAGCCCUGCUGUGCGGUCCUCUCAGCCCUCUGUUGUAGCACCAAAGAGAGGAGGAGCCACCAGCACACACACACACACACACGCAUACUCACACAGACACACACACUCUGACAUCCCACAUCAUCUCCUCUGCACACUCACCGGUAAGCACCAAGCCAGCCAGCCAGGCCCAUUCGGAGCAGGGGAGCCCAGCCGUCUCGUCGCCCAAGAUGGAUGUACUGAUGAAGGGGUUCUCCAUGGCCAAGGAAGGUGUGGUGGCCGCCGCAGAGAAGACCAAAGCUGGCAUGGAGGAGGCAGCAGCCAAGACCAAGGAAGGGGUGAUGUAUGUAGGCAGUAAGACAAAGGAGGGAGUUGUGUCAUCAGUAAACACAGUGGCCAACAGGACCGUGGACCAGGCCAAUAUCGUGGGAGACACAGCGGCUGCCGGGGCCAACGAGGCGUCACAGGCAACCGUGGAGGGCGUCGAGAAUGUCGCCGCGUCGACCGGGAUGAUCAGCCAGGAGGAGCCUGUAUACGAGGGAGAAUAUGGGGGAAUGGAGCAGGGUGGCGAAGGAGGAGAGGGUUAUUAGUCGUCUUCAGGACCUCCCCUCCCAUCCUCUCCAGCAGCCUCCCCGCUCCCCUCGCCUCGCAGACUCCAGAUGUUCAACAUAUUUUUUUGUGACUUUACAGAACCAAAAUCAACUAAAACAGACUCUUCCGGAUGCCGCACCUCAGCCCCCAUCUGCCCCUCUGCCUCGGCACUCCCCGAUGCCCCCCCUCCCUUUACGCCCCCUCAGCAGCCCUCUGUCACCUGUCUCCACCCCCUUGUCCUCCCCUCUGAUUUUCUGCAGCCUGUAGCUUCUCCUCCACUGCCCGUCUUACCCUCACCUCACCCGUGUGUUAGUGUCGUCCCGAUAUGAACCCUGAUGUUGUUACUGCCCCCAUGCCUACCAACUGAUAAGGAAACCUCACACACAAACACUCACGUACACACUAACAAAAAGAGACACACCUUCAUUAGGCACAUGCAUGAAACACACACAUACAGUACAUACGAUAAAUGCCAGCACAGACGCACACACUGGGCAAAUGAUUGACAACUGCAGAAAAUGAAAUUUUGGGUGUGUAAAUACAGUUAAGGCUUGGCAGUCCACAACAAUAACUCACUGUGUGACUGAGGCAAGGUGUGAGAGGGCGUGUGAGCUGCUGUUUGUGUGCUUGUGUGUCCACGUAAACUCAUAUUUGUGUGUGCAUGUGUAGCUGCUGGCGUAUAAAGUAUAAUAAAUCUCCAAAGGCUUGUGCAGGGAAUCGUGCAUUGAUGGCAGAUAAUCAUUCUGUUGUGUGUGCAGUAGUUAGUUAGCUGCAGUAGACUGCAUGAACAGAUGUGUAGAAUGACUUGUCAACGUGUUGAAACUAUAGAGUAGCAGCUAUUCUGUGUAGCUUUUGGCUCAGUGUGUUUUUCGCCUCAACAUUUAGAAACAGGGUUGUUACAGUGUCAUCAACCAAGAAGCAAUACACAGAGCUCAUUUUUCUCAGCUAUGAUUCAUGAAAACGAGCAGUUCUGAUUUAGUAUCAAACUUCCAAAGGUUUUAACUGUAACAUUAAAUACCCGUGGCUAAAAAAACAAAGUUAAAGUUCAAAGAAAAAAAAUAGGAGCUAAAAAUUAAUUAGCAUAAGUAACUGUUGGUUUGAUUUGACUUGGUUCAACAAUCAGAUUUGAUCACUAAAUUUUGAUUGGUUCAAGGAAAUCCCUGAUUUCUAUUCUAUUCUGCCACAAUCCUGCCCAAAAUCUGUGAAAUAACAAGUGUUUUCCUAACUUUAGCAGAAAAUAAUGUUAGUAUACGUAUAUAAGUUAGAAUACAUUAAAGCUGCAGAACUUUAUUUUAAAUCCUAGUAGAGAUCCCCAAGUUUCCAAAUAUGACAGGUGUUCCUGAUAAAUAUCACAUUUGCAAGAAUGGGAUACAUGUGAAGUCACAGUGAACUUCACCUUUGACCACCAAAAUCUUAGAGGUUUAUCCUUGAAUUCAAGUGAAUGUCUGUGCCAAAUUUGAAGAAAUUCUGUCAGGGGGUUCUUGAGACGUCGUGUUCACAAGAGUGGAACGGAAAACCUGAAAAUAUCACAACUCUAGCUACAGCUGUCACAGACACAGAGGCGUAAUUAAAAGGGAAAAUUGGGUUUAAAGGGAUGAAAAGGGUUUUCAGGGAGCUCAAAGGGGAAAAAUGAGCAGCUGAUAAUGAUCACCUCUUGCCCUGUAGAUGUGUAGCUUUUUGGUCUUUGUGAAACUGGUUUGCAUGCGAGCCAAGAAAAACGAGCAGUCUGGACAUCAGUCAGUUGUUAUUCAGUGAGGGAAUCAGUCCGCUGAGAAUUAAGGUUUGGGUUUUAUUGUAGAUCAGCUUUAUGUGUAGUUCCAUGUACAGUUUGAAUUCUGGGAUAUGUAGUUGUUUUUUAGGGUAGUUUUUAUUUCACACUAGCUAGUCUGACUGAACCCCAGCUGUUGUGAAGCUCCCACUCAUCAACUGUCUCAGUCAAUCACACGAUUCCCUCCUUCUGUCAGUCAGUAUUACGCCACCUUUCACUGCUCAUCUGCCCAGUGUCAGUGUGUGUCUGAAUGCACUGUAUGUGUGUGUAUAUGUGUGUGUUAACAUAGAAUGGGUUCAGCCAGCAAAGUGUGUGUGUGUGUGUUUGUGUCUGGAGCAGGUUUGUGUGUUUUUACUUUGAGGCCAAUGGAAACUGAUGACUGCAUGUUGCCUUAUUAAGCAAUCUGACAUUCACACACACGUAGACCAUACAAUACACGGCACACCUACUAACACACACACACUCACACAAUACACUCUAAACAAAACACAAUCACACAUCCCACCUCAAAUGCAACACACAAAUCACACACCAUGUUUAAGUUGGCAUCAAAGCAGACUUGCUGAUUUUAUAAACAGUACCAGUGAAAUUAAAAAGGUUUUGUUGAAAUCCA